UAAUGAAAGCGAAUCUGCUUCAUUCAGUGAGCUUUUAUUUUGUUGUCUCUUUCGGUAGCUUUAAUAAAUAAAGUAGUCUUCUUUGAUCUAACCAAACCGCGUUUUCCAAGGUUGACUGUCUCAUCGGUCUACAUAAACCAUUUUCAUUUCUCAAUCCAAUCCAAACCAAACCCUAACCAACUUACAAUCUCAUCUUAUGGCUACUGACAACGGUGAAGAAAAGCUGCUAGCUGUUGCGCGCCACAUCGCCAGAACCCUCGGUCACAAUGACGACACCAUGGCCGAUGAUAUUUUGCAGAUCUUCUCCACAUUCGAUGGUCGUUUUUCUCGAGAGAAAUUGGCUGAUGAUGAUCCUCGUCCUUCUGCUCCCCUUCCACUCUCCCUUAAAUCGCUUGACCGUCGGAUCUCUCAGUACCUCGCUUCCGACCGUCUCAUCUGGGCUGACUCUGCCGAUUCCUCCGCUUUCCUUGACUCUAUCGAUGAGUUAAUCGCCACCUUGAGACACUGGUCUCCAAUGGCUGCUGAUAAGUCUAUCAACUCUUGUUUAGUUCGUGCUGACGACUUGUUGCAACAGGCCAUGUUUCGUCUCGAAGACGAGUUCAGAUCUUUGAUGGAACGAGGUGCUGAGUCUUUUGAACUCAGUGACUCAACUGGUAAUCUCUCCUUUGAUGAUGAAGAUGAAGAUGAAGCUGAAGAGGAAGACGCUCUCGAUGACCAACAGAUCCCAGUCGCACAACCACUUAGUGAUUACGAUAUCAUCAUCGACGCUCUCCCCUCCGUUACAAUUAAUGAUUUGAAUGAGAUUGCGAAGCGUAUGGUCGCUGCACGGUUCGGCAAAGAGUGCACCCACGUGUACAGUAGUUGUCGGAGAGACUUUCUAGAGGAAAGCUUGAGUAGGCUAGGCUUACAAAAGUUCAGCAACGAAGAGGUCCAAAAGAUGCCUUGGCAAGAUGUGGAAGAACAAAUUGAACGUUGGGUCAAAGCUGCUAAUGUUGCUUUGAGGAUUCUCUUUCCCAGUGAAAGACGGCUGUGUGAUCGAGUGUUUUUUGGGUUCUCCACCGCGGCUGACUUGUCAUUUAUGGAAGUUUGUCGUGGGUCGUGCAUUCAGUUAUUGAAUUUUGCUGAUGCUAUCGCUAUUGGGAGUCGAUCACCUGAAAGAUUAUUUAGGGUUCUUGAUGUGUUUGAGGCUUUGAGAGAUUUGAUGCCUGAUUUUGAGAGUGUUUUUUCUGAUCACUACUGUUUGGUACUUAGGGAUGAAGCUUUGACUAUAUGGAAAAGAUUAGGAGAAGCAAUAAGAGGGAUUUUUAUGGAAUUAGAAAAUUUGAUUCGCAGAGACCCUGCUAAAGCUCCCGUUCCUGGAGGUGGGCUUCAUCCCAUUACUCGGUAUGUCAUGAAUUAUGUUCGAGCUGCUUGUCGAUCCAGGCAGACACUGGAGCAAAUUUUUGAGAAAGAUUCCUCUUCUUCACUAUCCGUCCAAAUGGAUUGGAUUAUGGAGUUAUUGGAGAGUAAUUUGGAAGUCAAGUCUAAAAUUUAUGGAGACCUUGCUUUGUGUUCUGUUUUUAUGAUGAAUAAUGGAAAAUAUAUUGUUCAAAAAGUGAAAGAUAGUGAAUUGGGAUCGCUUCUGGGUGAUGAUUGGAUUAGAAAACACAAUGCAAAGGUCCGCCAAUAUCUUUCCCAUUAUCAGAGAAGUUCCUGGACUAAGGUUUUGGCAGUUUUAAAGUUGGAUAGUAACGCUUCUGCUCCGAACAGUGCUGCUCCUCCUGUUGCAAGGUCUAUGAAAGAUAAGCUCAAGUCCUUUAAUUCGUUAUUUGAUGACAUAUGUAAAACUCAGUCUACCUGGAUCAUUUUCGAUGACCAGCUUAGAGAGGAAUUAAGAAGCUCAGUGGCAAGAAUUUUGUUGCCCCCUUAUGGGAACUUUAUCGGAAAGCUUCAGAACGUUCCUGAUAUUGGGAAGCACCCAGAAAAGCUUGUAAAGUAUGGUGUAGGGGAUAUUGAGGCUCGGAUUAACCAGUUGUUUCAGGGAACUGGUGCCUUGUCUGGUGGCAGAAAGUGAAAGAUUUUUUGAUGCGGAAUUGCCCUGAUAUAGUGUGGAAAGCUGUCUAGAGAAAUCUUGGUACCUACUGAAGUCGAGCUGGUACCUCCUGGUUGGUAGAUCAUAGUAGUUCAAAGUUACUGGUUCCGUCCCUGGAGUGAUGACAGCCACAGCCCCACCAACUUUUUAGCAGCUUCUUCACGUACGAGCCCAUUAAGCUUAGUUAUUCGUUGAAUGCUUGCUGUAUGAAUUCUUAACUCUUUUUUUAUAAGAAUUGAAAAUAACAUAAGACUGAGGUUAAACAUUUUAGUAAUGUUGAACAUUAUUAUUGUUAUAUAAUUUUCAUUUUUACAUAAUAUAAAAUGCGACAAAUCUCAUUUGAUAGCUCUGUACUUUUGUCUUAUCUUUCCAAACUUUUUUGUAUACUUUAUAUAAAACAAUGUAAUAUUAUUACUGUUACAACAAUGAAAUUAUGAAUAUUGGUAGU